AUGCUUCGCACAUCUUUCCGUCAGGCUGCUGCCUUCCGACCUAUUCGAUGCUUCUCUACCACUCCUCGCGUCAUGAGUGAGGGUGCUACUGGAGCUCCCCGCCCUACUGGAGGUUCUGGUGAUGCUUUUCAGCGACGUGAGAAGGCCAGCGAGGAUUACGCUAUCCGCCAGCGUGAGAAGGAGAAGCUCAUUGAACUCAAGAAGAAGCUUCAGGAGCAGCAGCAGCACCUUGACCGUCUCUCCAAGCACAUUGAUGAGAUCACAAAGGAGCAGGGCGGCGAGCAGCACUAA